AUGGAGGAGCACGGACGACACGCCGAGGCGCCGUCGUCGGCGUUCCGCUCGUUCUCCGGGAGUCCCGACGAGGCCUCGUCGCUCAUGCCGGGGAGCAGCACCAUCUCUCGCCGCCACACGCCGGAGGUCUCCUCCCUGAAGGACAUACCGCUCUCCCCAGUCACCUUCGGCGACCACCACCACUAUGGCCACAGCUACGGCAACCUUGACGACACGAUCCAGAAUAUGGAACAAUUCAGGUGCCAAGAAUCUCAUCAGGAACACGCGCAGCGCAAGAACAGCCAUUGCGGCGGCGCCGGCGCGUUCAUGCCGUACAGCCGCCACCUCACCACGAAGAAGCAGCCCAAGCCGCCGGGCUCCGGCGGGCAGAGGGCGAUCAAGGCGUCCAUGUCAGCCUUGGCACGGAUGCACAUGGUCAGGCUUGCCCAAUGGCGGCACUGCCGCCAGAUGGAGAUGGCAGUUGCGCCGCCCGCUCGAAGCAACAACUGCAGCCAGCUGCAGCACGUAUUGUCGGAGCGCAAGCGGCGCGAGAAGCUCAACGACAGCUUCAAGGCCCUCACGACAGUGCUGCCCCCUUCACCCAAGAAAGAUAAGGCAUCAAUACUGAUCAGAGCAAGGGACUACUUGAACACCCUCAAGUCUAGAGUGUCUGAGCUGGAGGAGAGGAACAGAAUGCUAGUAGAAUUGCAGCGCCACUGCAACAAUGGAGUUGAUCGAGACUUUGUUUCCGGUGAAGAGAUUGAAGUCAAUAUUGAUAGAGCAACAACAGAGGAAAUAUCACAAGAACUUCACCUGAAGAUAGUGGUAAGGUCAGGGUGCAAUUCCAUGGAUGCUGUAGUUGGUAUACUUGAGUGCCUUAAGGAGAUAGGGGACGUCAGGAUUACAGCCAUGGACACGGGCAACAGAGCCAGUGAGCCACCACCUUAACGUUACAAAUUAAGACUAGCAGAUGUGAUGAUAAUUUCCUGAAGGAAUCUGUUAUCAAGAGUGUCAAGGGUGUGAUGCAGUCAAGGAUAGAGACAUCCUAAGCUUCUUUGAUCCUUCGGUUGAAAUGGGUAUCAGGUUGAAUUUUGUGGUUUUUAAGAAGACCAAAAUAUGGACAUGUUCAAGGAGAUUGAGUUGCUACCAUUGAUUCUUGAGCUGAAUGUGGAGGUCAAUGGAGUAACGAAGAAAAAACUUGUGAGGAUCUUCAAUUUUGAAUGGUAUCCUGACGAGACUCUACUGGUAACAGUACAGUCACUUUACAUAAGAGACCUGUAAGAAAAAAAUAUGAACAUGCAAAAGAAUUAUGCAUGGAUGUAAAGAAAAUUGAAAAUGACCUUGUUGUCUGUGAAGACUUAUGACAACGUUAACGAGUAGAUCCCACUGAGCAAUCUGAAGAGUUUGAAAAUAUAAGUACAUUACAGCAAUGAAUGAUCACUUGGAAGAUUCUAU